UAGGUUAUUGUUGGACUUCGCCCCGUAAUCACAACUGCAUGCGUACUCAGAAGUCCACAAAAGGGUUUAAAGGCGAAGACAAGAUACCGUCCACAAAAUGGCUGGCCUUCCACUUCCAAAUGCGGUGAAAAAAUCUUUUUUAUUUUUCCUGGUGUUUAUGUACACAUUUGUGGUCAGUACUCUCAUCAUAAACUUCCUCAUGGUAUGGACCCUAAUUAUUUGGCCAUUCGAUCGUAAAUUGUUCAGGAAAAUAAACUACAUUCUUGGAUAUUCAAGCUGGUCCCAGUUUACUUUUGUUGCACAGUGGUGGUCAGGAUGUGAUAUCAUAUUGUACAUAGACCCAAAAGAUCGUGAAUUUGCAGGCAAGGAACAUAUCUUGGUGUUGAUGAAUCACACUUAUGAGAUUGACUGGCUGAUGCUAUGGAUCCUGGCUGAAAGAUACAGUGUGUUAGGGGGAGCAAAAGUUUAUGGCAAAAACAUGUUGCGAUACAUUCCCCUGAUAGGCUGGGCAUGGUAUUUCACAGAGUGUAUAUUCUUGAUGAGAAAUUGGGUAAAGGACAAGAAAAUUAUAAAAGAUACCAUGAAAGAACUGCUUGACUAUCCUGACCAAUACUGGUUUACACUUCUCUUGUUUCCAGAGGGUACAAGGUUUACUGCAGAGAAACAUACAGCCAGUUUAAAAGUAGCAAAAGAGAAAGGAUACCCAGAGCUGAAGCAUCAUUUACUGCCACGCACAAAGGGGUUCAGUUACACCAUCCAGGCUCUUCAGGGCAAAGGGGCAGUUGGUGCUGUGUAUGAUAUUGCUAUGGGAUUCAAAGGAAACAGUGUGAAGCCAACAUUAAUGAAUGCUUUUAGAGGCAACGCCAUCACAGCUCAUCUAAGAAUGAAACGAUAUGACUUGGAAAGCUUACCGAAGGAAGAGGAGGAUUUAUCAAAAUGGCUCAGAGAUUUGUUUAAAGAAAAGGAUGACCUUGUAGAUGAAUAUUUCAAGACAGGGAAGUUUGACCUUCCUGCAUUUCAUCCUCCACAACGACCUCACGACCUCUUGAACUGGAUUUUCUGGUUCCUGGUGACAGACAUUCCACUGUUUUAUUACCUAGGGAGCAUUAUAGUAGCAGGGACCAUCACACAGCAACUUAUUGUUGUGGGUCUUGUGACAAUAAUGACAUUGUUUUCAAAUUGGAUGAUCAGCCUAACUGAAAUAAAGAAGGGGUCGUCGUAUGGAUCCAAAGUGACACCCAGUGAGAAGAAAUUGACAUAAACUCAGCUGAUAGAAAUUGUGAUGACUAAAGCUGCACUGUGAUUGUAUUUUAUUACCAACACCAAAUAUAAACACCAUGUGCCCUUUUCAUGACCUUUGAACUUUGAUGAAUAGUUUUCAUUUUUGUUGACUACAAGAUGUGGUACAUUUAAUCAGAUUAAUAGUGAUCACUUUAAACAAAGACUCUUUGCUUUAAAAGUAGAAUUUGGUUUUCCUGAA